AUGGCCACUGCCGAGGCACCCCCUGGUACGCUUGGUCCCAGAUAUGCUCCGGAUGAUCCAACUCUACCCGAACCUUGGAAAGGUUUAAUUGAUGGAAAUACGGGUGUGAUGUAUUACUGGAAUCCCGAAACAAAUGCUACUCAGUAUGAAAAACCUCCACCCUUGCCAUCUGGGCCUCCACCUGCAGCUCCCACACCUAAGAUGAAUCCCUUACCUGCAACGAGAUCAUCGCAACCAGACAAUAUUCAGACACCUCAGAAUCAGCAAACGGUACAAACUCAGUUCACGCAAGGGCAGUUUACGAGCUCAUCCUUUCAGCAGCACACGCAGGUAGCAGUAGCACAGCAGGCCACUCAAGUGGCUCUACCUGUCCAGGUGCAGGGUCAUCUACCUCCGGAGCAAGUGAGGCCGCAGAUGAUGCAACAGCCUGGUCAGCAUGCUCCUAUGCAGCCCGUGCCACAGGGGUUUACCCAACCUAUGCAGCCAGGGCAGCAGCAAGCUCCUUAUCAACAGAUGCAGUCGAUGCCUCAUGUUCAGCAAGGACAAAUGUACCCUGGUGCACAGAUGGGACCUCCACAUGGUUUUCAAUUUACCCAUCAGCCUACACAAUACACGGUUCAUCAACGCAACAUGCCUCCACAAGGGCCACAAAGCUCCUCACAACAAUUGCCUCACCAAGAGCAUAAAACAGAGCAUGGUCAAUUAGACAGUCAUGAUUUUCAUCAAGCAAAGCAAUCAGGGUUUGCGCAAGCCAAUCAAACUUUUAUGCAGGGGCAGCAAUAUCCUCACCCGCGGGAUCAGAAAACUGGUAACCCUCAGAGAGAUGAUGUUGAGUUUCAGAAAGUAAACCAGGCUGGGUUUUCACCUGCUCAGAUUCAGAAAACCGGCAUGCAACCAUUGCAGAACAUGUCCUCAGGAGUCAAUUCAUCUCAUGGACAUAAGAUGAGCAUUCAACUAAAUCAAGCUGUGGAAUACAGUGGACCAGGUGCUAAUAUGCAACGGAAUAACCCAUCUAUUCAUAUGCCCCAAAUGGGUGCAGAACCAACACAUCCGCACAAUGGUUCUAGGUUCCAAAAUCAAAUGGGCCCUGGGAUGAUGCAUGGCCAGCAGCAGAAUCUUCCACAUCCUGGAUCAAAGAUUCCUUAUGAAGAAAACCAUCCUGGAAGGCCUGGAAAUGAAUAUAUUUACAAUACCGCCAAGGAUGUCAAUGCAAUGUCUCCUCAGCUACCUAAGCUCUCACCCCUACCUCCUUCAGCCAGAAAUCAACAGGAAGCGAGAAUGGGUGAUUUCCCCUUACAAAAUCCCCCCCAUAGUCUUCCAGGCAGAUUUAAUGGUCCUGGAGGGCCUGCAUUGCCUGGUGUUGUUCAUGGUCAUUCCUCUGGUGCACCUCCUUAUCCGAACAAUGCUUUUGUGAGGCCUCCAUUAUCAAUGAUGGCACCUUCGGAUCCUAUGCAUUUAUCAGCUGCAGAAAUGUACCGCCAAAAACAUGAAGUGACAGCCACGGGUGACGAUGUUCCUGCUCCGUUUAUGACAUUUGAAGCUACUGGGUUUCCACCCGAAAUUCUGCAAGAGUUACAUUUUGCUGGUUUCUCUGCACCCACACCAAUUCAGGCACAGACGUGGCCCAUUGCUUUACAGAACAGGGACAUAGUUGCUAUUGCCAAGACAGGUUCUGGGAAAACGCUGGGAUAUUUGAUGCCAGCAUUCAUUCACCUGAGGCGACGACGUAAUAAUCCUCAGAAUGGCCCAACAGUAUUGGUAUUGUCCCCAACCAGGGAGCUUGCGACCCAAAUCCAGGAUGAAGCUAUUAAAUUUGGUCGAUCAUCUAGAGUCAGUUGCACGUGUCUGUAUGGUGGGGCCCCAAAAGGACCUCAGUUGAAGGAGCUCGACAGAGGAGCUGAUAUUGUUGUGGCAACUCCUGGCCGGCUGAAUGACAUCCUUGAAAUGAAGAGGAUUGACUUUAGGCAAGUCUCUUUUCUUGUUCUUGAUGAGGCUGAUAGAAUGCUGGACAUGGGGUUUGAGCCACAGAUACGUAAGAUUGUCAAUGAAAUUCCUCCAAGAAGGCAAACUCUAAUGUACACUGCUACUUGGCCCAAAGAAGUCCGCAAAAUAGCAGGUGAUCUUCUGGUCAAUCCAGUCCAAGUCAACAUUGGCAGCGUUGAUGAACUUGCUGCAAAUAAGUCUAUUACCCAGUACGUGGAAUUAGUUCCUGAGUUCGACAAACAGAGACGCCUAGAACAAAUUCUAAGAUCUCAAGAGCGUGGUUCUAAAAUCAUUAUAUUUUGUUCCACCAAAAAGUUGUGUGACCAUCUUGCACGCAAUCUGGGGCGUAACUUUGGGGCUGCUGCAAUUCAUGGAGACAAAUCUCAGGGUGAGAGAGACUGGGUUCUUAAUCAGUUUCGGAGUGGGAAGUCCCCUGUCCUGGUUGCCACCGAUGUUGCUGCUCGGGGCCUGGAUAUCAGAGACAUAAGGGUAGUUAUCAAUUAUGAUUUCCCCACUGGGAUCGAGGACUAUGUCCAUCGCAUUGGGAGAACCGGCCGAGCUGGUGCCACAGGGAUUGCUUACACAUUCUUCUCUGACCAGGACUGGAAACACGCUCCCGAUCUUGUCAAGCUCCUCGAGGGUGCCAAUCAAGCCGUGCCUUCGGAGGUGCGGGACAUAGCCCUGCGUGGUGGGCCCACCUUCUCUAGGGACCGAGGCCCCAUGAACCGUUACGACUCCUCCGCUGAUGGUGGCCGUGGUGGCGGCGGCUUUGGGGGGCGCGGUGGGAUGAGGGAUGGGGGUGGUGGCCGCUGGGAUUCUGGCGGUCGUAGGGGUGGAAGGGAUGGUGGCUUUGGCGGCGGUCGUGGAGGGAUGAGAGACGGGGGCCGUGGUGGUUGGGACAGGGGAGGUCGUGGGGGCCCACACGAGCGGUUCAACAGUUUGGACACACGGGGCCGCGGCAGGGGACGGGGCAGGGGGCGGUUUGAUGGCAGGAGGGACGGCCCGGAUAGGAGUAGGGGCAGAAGCUACAGCCCAAGCCCUGAGAGAGUGAGAACGUGGGGUGGCUAUAGCCGCAGCCGGAGUCGGAGCCGUAGUUACAGCCGGAGUAGGAGCAGGAGCAGGAGCUGGUCGCGAAGCAGAAGCAGGAGCUGGUCGCGAAGCAGAAGCAGGAGCCGGAGCCCGAGAGGUCGAAGCAGAAGCAGGAGCCGUAGCAGGAGUUAUGAGAGGUACGAGAGGAGGCCGCGUGUAUCGAAAUUCGACGUGAUGGAUGUACCUGGGCAGAAUGCGGAGGUGAGUCUCCCUGUAGGUGUGGGUGCAGCCAGAGGCAAUGGGCCCUCAGGGGCUGAGUCAGCUGAACAGGCUCCGUCUGUUGACCCAAAUAAUCAGUCUUUUCAACCGUAG